CCUUAUUAUUCUUGAUUUUUACUUGCCUCUUAUAUUUUAAUGAACUACGAAUAUUUUUGGCCUUAAUAUAAAGUUAAACCCCUUAUAUAAGGAGGAUGUGUUUCAAGUUAAAACGAAUAAUUUCAAAAAUUCAAAAUCAAUGUCAUUAAUCCCAUGUUGGAUUCUAUAACAUCAAUCAAUUCUGAUAUAGAUGAACCAUUAAAAUUAAUUCUAUUAUAGGCAGGCUUAUCAUAAUAAGAUCUUAAAAAUCCAGCUUUUAAUCCCUUGUUUCGUUAUCUCUCUUAAGAACCAUUAAAAAAUACAACUAAAUUAAUUGCCAAUAAAUAAUUAAGAAAGACAUAAGCUUAAGCACCAAGUAGGCAUUCUACAAUCAUGCCAAAGAAAUCUAUAAUUAUAUCACAAUUCAAUUUUUAAAUUUGUAUGUAUAUGAUCUUUAUAAUAUUUAUUAGAUAAUUAGAAUGCUUAAAAUAAGCCACCACCUAAAUUAUUAAAUAGAUUCCCUGCACUUGAUCUCAUUGAAUAAAUUUAAACACUCAAUUCAAAAUAAAUUUAAUAAUAAUAAGGUUUAGAGGAUGAUGUUGAACCUAAAUUUGCUCUGAAUAAUGUAACUAAUCAAAGAAAUCUGGAUUAUAGUUUUUCAAGUCAAUCUGAUGAAUCUGAUUCUGAUAGAUUGGAUUCAUGAAUUAUCAACUUUUAUU